AUGUUCCAAUUGUUGAAAAUUCCUUGUCCCCAUGCAUGUGCCGCAGCGCUUACUCAGAAUGUCAGUGUCUACGCUCUGUCAUCCCCCUAUUACACAAAGGACACGUGGAAGAAUACUUACGAUGCAACAAUUAAUCUUGUGGGCGAGGAGGAUGAAUGGGUGCUUCCAGAACACAUGCAGAACAUGAGAAUCGGUGUACCAGUGGAGAAAAAACAUGUAGGUCGUCCAAGAAAGAGCAAUGCAGGAAGACUACGGACUAACAGAUUUCCAUCGAACGGUCAAAAAGUCAAGGAACCACGCAAAUGUUCAAACUGUGGCGCAUUGGGACACAACAAAGCUACUUGCAAGGCCAGGGUUUGA